UUAUUUCACGAGGGAACAUGUAGAGGGGAAGCACAUAGACAGACUCAACAGCAGCAGCAGAGACACAAGUGAAACUUUUACAUCAGAACACUUGAACCGCGCCAGGCUCAAGGGUACUGGAUUGUUUUAUGCGUGGAGAUUGCGUAUUAUUUCAUGGGGAUCUAGAUAACUUGAACUGCGAGUUGCAAUUUGAUUUGAGCAUCUACAGAGAUUGUUGAGGUGGAAGGAACAUGGCGAGUGGGGUGAAGAGAGCUCACCCUGUUGCUUUAUUAUUUACUUUGAUGCUCUUAUUUUGGCGGGACGUUUACGCGCAGGUGUCUUUUAACGAAAUAACCGGGUUUAGUUUGAGCCCCCCGUACUUCAACCUUGCGGAGGGGUCACGGAUAUCRGCCACCGCAACUUGCGGUGAAGAUGAAGCGGGGAGACCGAGAUCUGAUUUGUACUGUAAACUUGUCGGAGGACCUACCUUUGGACUUCCUAGUCAAACGAUACAGGGACAGUAUUGUGACAGAUGCAACUCCAACGAGCCAAACAAGGCCCACCCGGUGAGUAACGCCAUCGAUGGCACUGAGCGCUGGUGGCAGAGCCCGCCUCUCUCCCGGGGACCUAUGUACAAUGAGGUGAACGUCACUUUGGACCUGGGACAGCUCUUCCAUGUGGCCUACAUCCUCAUCAAGUUUGCCAACGCCCCUCGGCCUGACCUAUGGGUCCUGGAGCGCUCUUUGGACCAUGGGAAAACGUAUGCUCCAUGGCAGUACUUUGCUCAUUCUAAAAGGGAGUGCAUUGAGAGGUUUGGCAAAGAACCAAAUGGACGCGUAGUSCGAGAUGAUGACCAGAUCUGCACCACAGAGUACUCAAAGAUCGUUCCGUUGGAGAACGGAGAGAUUGUGGUGUCCCUGGUCAACGGUCGCCCGGGCUCUAAGAACUUCAGCUAUUCUCCAGUGCUGAGAGAUUUCACCAAGGCCACCAACAUCCGCCUGCACUUCCUCAGGACCAGCACUCUGUUGGGGCACCUAAUUUCCAAGGCCCAGAGGGACCCCACUGUCACACGCAGGUAUUACUACAGCAUCAAAGACAUCAGUGUCGGGGGACGCUGCGUUUGUCACGGCCACGCGGAGGUGUGCGGGGGGCGUAACCAAGGCAAACCCAAUCGGCUACAGUGCGAGUGCGAACACAACACCUGUGGUGAGUCAUGUGACCGCUGCUGUCCAGGGUUCAACCAGAAGCCAUGGCGUGCUGCUACGACAGACAGUCCCAACGAGUGCCAACCCUGCCAGUGCCAUUCACAUGCCACUGAGUGUUAUUACGACCCAGAGGUGGAGCUGAGGAGAGCAAGUUUAGACACAUUGGGCAGGUACGACGGCGGAGGAGUGUGCAUCAACUGCCAGCACAACACAGCGGGAGUGAACUGUGAGCUUUGUGCUGAUGGAUUCUACAGACCCCAUGGAUCACCUCCAGAGUCUCACAGUGGAUGCAUACCCUGCAGGUGUGAUGCCAGGACUACUGCUGGUUGUGAGAUGGGGACAGGACGUUGCCACUGCCGGCCAGAAUUCACCGGAAACAACUGUGAACGCUGUGCAGACAGUUACUAUGGCUACCCGCAGUGCAUUAGAUAUCCAAUCUACCAGCCCACCACCAAAUCUCCUGCAGGCCAUAUAGUAGAGCCCACUGCCUGCCCUGCUGGUUAUUUCGGACCACCUAGCUGUCAACGGUGUGUGUGUGACCGCGGUGGAUCAGUGCUGGAGUUGUGUGAUGCGUCAGGGCGCUGCAUUUGUCGUGAUGGUGUGGAGGGUGAGAGAUGUGACCGCUGUCGACCAGGACACCACUCAUUCCCUAACUGCCAAGAGUGUGUGUGCGAUGGCAGUGGUUCGGCGCUGGAGAUGUGUGACGCAUCAGGGCGCUGCGUGUGUCGUGGAGGGGUGGAGGGCGAGAGAUGUGACCGCUGUCGACCGGGUUACCACUCCUUUCCUAACUGCCAAGUGUGCCGCUGUGACGGUGCAGGUGUGACUGACAGGGUCUGUGGGCCCAACGGACAGUGCCGUUGCCGUGUCAACUACUUCGGAAGUCAAUGUGACCAGUGUGCCCCUGGUUACUAUGGAUACCCAGACUGUGCCUCCUGCCAGUGUUUAGGGGAGGGUUCCUAUGACUCCAUGUGUAACCAAGUAUCAGGCCAGUGUCUGUGUCGCCCUGGGGUGGUGGGACAGCAGUGUGAUCGCUGUGCCGGGUCAGGCCUCCGCUUCCCCCAGUGUUCAGCCUCCAUCACCCAGUGUAACCCAGCAGGGUCAGAGGUCAGCACAGCAGAUCCACAAACGGGUUCCUGUGGCUGCCUGCCCAACGUGGAGGGAACACUGUGUGACAUGUGUAAACCUCUCUACUGGAACCUGGCAACAGAGAACCCCAGCGGCUGUAUAGAGUGUCGCUGUGGCAUCAAAGGCACCCUGAGUGGGGUAGGAGAGUGUCAACAGAAAAGUGGCCAGUGUUACUGCAAGCCCGACGUGUGCAGCCAUACCUGUGACACAUGCACGGAGGGCUACUACCUGCUGCAGAAGAGGAACUAUUUUGGCUGUCAAGGCUGCCAGUGUGAUGUGGGAGGAGCCAUAGGCAGAGGGUGUGAUGAGAUGUCUGGACAGUGCCAGUGUCGGAAGAACGUAGUGGGCCGCACCUGCACUGAGCCAGCACCUAACUACUACUUCCCCAGCCUGCACCACCUGAGGUAUGAGGUGGAGGAUGGCAUCACCCCCAACGCCAGGCCCGUACGCUUCGGCUACGACCCCCAGACGUUCCCAGGAUUCAGCUGGAGAGGUUACGCCAUCAUGUCCCCAGCGCAGAGUGAAGUGAGAGUAACAGUGCAUGUGGACGAGGCAAGGCGAUCCUUGUUCCAACUUGUCCUGCGGUACGCUAACCCCAGCAGCCAGGACAGUGUGACUGGUAGUGUAACGGCUACCUAUGUCCGAGGUGGCCAAGGGUCAGGUCAGAGUAAGGAAGUGGUGUUUCCUUCUAGCUCCUCCCCRGCCUACCUCACAGUCCCUGGGGACGGCUUCGCUGAGCCCUUCACACUGACCCCUGGGAAAUGGAUCAUACGCAUCCAGGCAGAGGGCCUUCUACUGGACUACUUGGUGCUGCUGCCCAGUGAUUACUACGAGGCUCCCUUCCUCCAGGAGAAGAUCGCCCAGCCCUGCACGUACACAUUCACCGCAGACAGAGACACAAACUGUCUGCUGUAUAAGCACAUGGCGAUGAACAGGUUCAGCUCUGUGCUGGGCUCUCAGGGCCAGUUCUCCAGCCAGUGGAGACGCAGGAGGAGACAGGCCCUCGUCCGCCGGCCAACUCCAGCCCACCCCGAGAUGGCCUCGCUCACCGGGAGACAGGCCCAGUUACAGCUGAGCCUGCGUGUGUCUCCACCCGGUCCCUACAUCCUGGUCCUGGAGUAUGCCAGCGAGGUAGACAUGGUCCAGAACGUCAACCUCAUCAUCGCUGACCAAUCAGAGAGUCAUAUCCAGGCCAGAGCCAACAUCUACAGCUGCCAUUACAGCUUCCUUUGUCGCAGUGUGGCGGUUGACGGAACCAAUCGCGCUGCAGUGUUCCAGUUUACACACAAGGCCGAGCUUCUUCUACAGACCUCCACAGCCUCAAUGCUGCUGUAUAAAGUGUAUGCAGUGCCCGCGGAGGAGUUCUCCAUGGAGUACCUGGACCCCAAGGUGCUCUGUGUCUCUGUCCACGGACGCUUCACUGAGGACAGUACUGUGUCCAGCCAGUACGACAGGCCCUCCACAGCUCUGGUUCUGGACGCAGCUCGGGACGCGCGCCACUCCUCCCACAUGUCGUCCCCAGCAGAGGGAGAACAGAGAUCCGUUUCAGUGCAGGGUGCAGUUCCUGGCAGGUAUGUGUUUGUGGUCCACUACUGUCAACCUGAACACACCACCUUCCCUGUGGAGGUAGGUGGAUGCCCUACCUCAGGCUCUGUGAAUGCCUCUUUCUGCCCGGGGGUCUCCUGCUGCAGGGAGGUGGUCAUCGCUGAGAGGCGCAUCGCUCUGGACCUUCCCCAGCAAGACAUGGCCAUCUCUCUCAAGGUUCCACCCGGGAAGACCCUCACUCUGGAUUACAUCUUGGUGGUUCCUGACGAUAGCUACACCCCUGAUCUCCUGAAAGAGAAACCGUUUGAUAAGUCAUCUGAUUUCACCAGGCAGUGUGGAGGACCAAGCUUUUCUAUAGACCCCAGAACGUCCUCCCAGUUCUGCAGAGACUCGGCCCGCUCCCUGGUAGCAGCCUAUAGUGACGGGGCCCUGCCCUGCUACUGUGACAAAUCAGGGGCUACGGGGCCCACCUGUAACCCUGUAGGGGGCCAGUGUCCCUGUAGGCCCCAUGUGAUCGGUCGGCAGUGUACACGAUGUGCCACAGGAUACUACGGCUUCCCCUACUGCAGACCGUGUGAGUGUGGCCAGCGGCUGUGCCACGAGGUCACAGGUCAGUGUAUCUGCCCGCCCCAGACAGUGAAGCCAGUCUGUGACGUGUGUGAGAGCCAGACGUUCAGCUACCACCCUCUAGUGGGCUGUGAGGGCUGUGACUGCUCCCCCAACGGAGUCAGGCCCAACGCAGGGAGAGAAUGUGACCGUGACACGGGACAGUGCACGUGUAAGCCCAGGAUCGGUGGGCGGCAGUGUGACCGGUGUGCUGCAGGGUUCUACAGGUUCCCAGACUGUGUCCCAUGUAACUGUAACCAGGGAGGGGUCACACCUGAUAUAUGUCACCCUGACACAGGACAGUGCCUCUGCAAGAGGAACGUGCAGGGUGCCCGCUGUGAUGCCUGUAGAGACGGGUCCUUCCACUUUGACCCCUCCCACCCCAGAGGCUGCGUCAGCUGCUUCUGCUUUGGAGCCACCGACCAGUGCCAGAGCUCUGGCAAACGCAGGGGGAAGUUUAUGGACAUGCGUGGCUGGCGUCUGGAGAGGGCUGACCAGGAGGAGGUGGCAUCAGUCCUCAACCCGUCCAGUAACACUGUGGUAGCAGACGUACAGGAGUUGCCUGGCACUACCCAGCUCCUCCACUGGGUGGCGCCACCAUCCUACCUGGUAGACCGGGUGUCAUCCUAUGGGGGCUACCUCACCUACCAGGCUAAAUCCUUUGGGAUUCCCAGUGAGGGGAUGUCGCUGAUGGACCGCAGACCUGAUGUUCUGCUUAGUGGCCAGGAGAUGACCCUGGUCCACAUGUCCCCACAUACCCCUAAUCCUGACAGACUCCACCAGGGCAGAGUCCAGCUAGUAGAGGGGAAUUGGCGCCACUUCGGCACCAACCGUCCUGUGUCCAGAGAGGAUCUGAUGGAAGUCCUGGCAGGUCUGGUUGGUCUGAGGGUGCGGGCCCUCUACUUCACCCAGAGCCAGAGACUCAGCCUGGGGGAGGUGGGCCUGGAGGAGGCCACAGACACAGGGGCUGGGGGCCCUGCCAGCACCGUGGAGGAGUGUGCCUGUUCCCCUCUCUACAGAGGAGACUCCUGCCAGAAAUGUGCUCGUGGUUACUAUAGGGACGGCAGUGGGCCCUACCUGGGUCGCUGUGUGCCCUGCUUCUGUAACGGCCUCGCCAACGAGUGUGACGACAGGACAGGGAGGUGCCUGAACUGCCAAUACAACACAGCCGGGGACAGGUGUGAGCACUGCAAAGACGGUUACUAUGGAGACGCUGCCCAGAGAUCAUGCCGGGUGUGCCCGUGCCCCUUUAGUGUGCCAGCUAACAGUUUUGCGGUGGGUUGCAGAGAGGUUGCUGGAGGGUUCCAGUGUGUUUGCCGACCAGGCUACGCAGGAGACAGUUGUGAACGAUGCGCCCCUGGUUACCACGGUGAUCCAUUGACAACCGGAGGAAGCUGUAGGCCUUGUGACUGUAGCGGCAACGGAAACAGCUGUGACUCCAGGACUGGUGUGUGCAAGAAUACGUUGGAGCCAGGGGACACCAACACAGACGAGCAGUGCCAAGAGUGUGACGACUGCGCCGAGACCUUACUAAACGAUCUGGGGCGUCUGGAUGAGGAGCUGGGCAGGAUUAAGACUCAGCUGGAUAACGCCAGUAUCUCCGCCUCCUCUCAGGACCGACUCAGGAUGCUGGAGAAUACCAUCACAGAGACCAAGAGUCUGGUGAGCAAGUUCAGUUCCAGUGUGAACAGCCAGAAGCCCAAGGUUAGCCAACUGGAGCAGGACACUCUCAGUGUCAACGAGGAUAUCAGCGCUCUCAAAGAAAAGGCGGAUGACAGGGCUGUGAAUGCCCAGAAAGUGCUGGGUGAUGUGGGUAAGACCCAUCUGAGAGCUAAAGACCUGGACACUGAGGCUAAGAACRUGCUCGAGAAGAUCCUGGCCCUGCUGCAGCAGCUGAAAGAGUCUGGUUCCGGUGAUGUGGUGCCCAGUGAGAACCUGGCUAAGAUGUUAUCCGACGCUGAACGCAUGGUGAAGGAGAUGGAGAAGAGAAACUUCAACCCCCAGAAAGACGCAGCCGAGAAAGAGAGAGACGAGGCCCAGAAACUGCUGGACUACAUCAAGGCUAAUGUGACCAGGCAGUAUGAUCAGAAUGAGGCAGCAGCCAAGAGGGUGAAGGGUCUGCUGAAGGACUAUGAAGCUAAACUGAAGGACCUGGAUGAGGCUCUGAAACAGGCUGGGGACAUGGUGAAGAAAGCCAACUCUCAGAACGGACUCAACUCAGAGGCACUGAAAGACAUCCUGAAACGUAUGGAGGACCUGAAGAAYGAGCGGAAGAAGGUCCAGGACCAGAUAGCCAUGGCAGAAGAUCAGCUGAAGGCCACAGAGGACCUCCUGAGAAUGCUGAAUGACAGCAAGACUGAGUAUGAACAGCUAGCUGCCCAACUGGACGGUGCCAGGACUGACCUCACCAAGAAGGUCAACGCCAUCUCCCAGGCCGCGGCCAAGGAGGACAUUGUGGAGCGAGCAGAGAGACACGCUGAGAACCUGGCCAAGCUGGCCAAGGAACUACAGGAUGCUGUAAGGGACUCGAGGCGCUCUGAUGUGUAUGCCAUGGACGCCAUUGAGCGCUACAAGAACAUCACAGAUGCGGUCAACGCUGCAGAGAAGGCAGCCAAGGAGGCCAAAGAUGCAGCUGACAAAGCCCUGAAGGCCUCUGAUGACCUCACAGCCCAGAAGAAGCGCCUGAAUGACGCAGAGAAUAAGAAGAAACAUGAUAUAGGAGACAUGCUAGAUGAGGCGAAGAGGAAGGCAGCGUCUGCCAAUGACACGGCCAGCACCACCAUGGACAGACUGAACGCCAUCAGAGAGGAAGUGGACAAGUUCAACGUCAUGCCCUCCGACUCCAACCUCGGCAGCAUCAUGGACGAUGUGGACAAAUCAGUAAAGAAUCUGUUGAACAGCAUCCCGUCUCUGCAGGAUAAGAUCUCGGAGGUGGAGGAGCUCAGCUCUCAGCUCUCCCCCGUCACCAACGUCUCUGAUAACAUCAAUAGGAUCAAGGAGCUCAUCGAGCAGGCUAGAGAUGCAGCCAAUAGGAUUGUGGUCCCUAUGAAGUUCAGUGGGGAGGGCCACGUGGAGCUGCGUCCCCCCAGGGAUAUAGAAGACCUGAAGGCAUACACGUCCCUGUCCCUGUCCCUGCAGAGACCAGAGCUCACCAACAACCGAGGGGAUGGAGCACGCAGACGGAGACAGGCCACCACGAUCACAGACACGAGUGACAUGUUCGUACUCUACCUCGGCAACCAAGACUCGUCUAAAGACUUCAUCGGCAUGGCCCUGAGGAAUAACGUGCUGUUCUGUGUGUACAAUCUGGAUGGAGAAGAGUAUGAGAUCAAGACAGACUUCAUCACUAGGUCUCCCUCUGAGCCUUCCUUCUUUGACAAGGUGGACCUGCGCAGAAUUUACCAAGACGCAGAAGUGAACCUCACCAAGCUGUUCACAUCCAACCAGCCGGACCCACCUCAGACCAGCAGCAAGCAGGGAGAGCUGACCAGGAACCUUCUAAACCUGGACCCUAGUGACAUUGUCUUCUAUGUCGGGGGCUACCCCUCCAACUUCAUUCCUCCAGCCUCCCUCAACUACCCCAACUAUAAGGGAUGCAUCGAGCUGUCCACCUUCAAUGACAGAUUCAUCAGUCUAUACAACUUUAAGAAUGCUGUCAAGGUCAACCUGGAGAGUCCAUGCAAGAGGUAUGUCCAACCAGUGGUGUUUGACUACUUUGAGGGGACUGGUUAUGCCAAGGUGUCCACCCAAGGUGUCAAGGUGUCCACCCUCCUCCUGGGCCAGACCAUCUCCACUCGCUCAGAAAAUGGGCUUUUCCUCUACAUUGGAAAUGAGGUCAACUACUACUGUGUGACGUUUGAGAGAGGCUACAUUGUCAUCCAUAGUAACUUGCUCAGAGAACCAGUACAAAGUGCUACCAAAGUCUUCCCAGUGAAUUCAGACCAAGCAGAAGUGUUGAUCAUUAUCGAGUCUCAAGGAAGCCAAGAGAUGAAGAUCCGUGUAGCAGGCAAGGAGGUGGUCAAGUCUAAUGUCCAGUACACCCCUGGAGACUUCGCAGACUACUACAUCGGUGGCGUGCCACCAGCCCUGAGAGAAAGACACAACAUCACCGCCCAGCCACUGAAGGCCUGCAUGAACAACAUCAAGCUCAACAGCAAGUACCCCACCUUCGAGGAGAAAGUGGGCAUCAGCCGGGGCUGUCCCACGGAUUUCCUGGCGUCUCGUAAAUCAGAGUUUAACGUGGGGAGUUCUCUGUCAGCUGCUCUCGAAGGCUUCAGCCUGGCAAGUGAUGUCACAGUCUCACUGGGAUUCAAGAGCUCUGAGAAAAAUGGGCUCCUACUGCAGAACACCGAGUCGAGUGUUGGCGCCAUCGAACUUGCCUUGGUCAACGGCUAUGUGGUCCUGACGUUCAAAGACACAGCUUGGAAAUCUUUGAAAUCAAGCAAGCAGUACCAGGACGGCAAAUGGCAUUACCUGACUGCCACCAGAAYGGUGGCUUCUCAAAGUAUCGAGCUGCGGAUAGAUGACGAGGAUGUGGGAGGACAGAUAACCUCAAGCCCCUUCAGUUCAAACCCAGACUCUGUGUUCCUGGGGAAAGACACCUUCAAAGGCUGCAUCUCCAACCUCUACUUGAGAAGGCCUAACUCUCUGUACAGAGCAGAGGACCUGAGUCAGUUCAGCUCUACAGGAGAUGUGCUGCUGGAUAUGUGUAGCUCUGACAGACCUCCACAACUGAUGCUCGACCGGAACACCUCCAGCAAGGGUGGUGGUAUGGAGGUGUCAGAGGACAGUCUCUCUGUGUGUGCACACUCUGUUCUAGUCAAACAUGCCUACCACAUUGGGGGCACUGUGAGUAGCCUGAGCUACAGCCUCACUCCCCAGGUGCUCCAGCCCAGACCUCAUUUCUCCCUGGACGUUAGGACCAAGUCUGCCGAGGGCCUGCUGUUCUAUGCAGCCACCAGAGGGGGGAGCUCUCACGUGGCUCUCUACCUGUCAAAGGGCAGGAUCAUGCUGUCAGUAGGCAAGGGGAGGGAGAUCUUCAACAGGGAGACAUACAACGAUGGAAGAUGGCACUCGGUAAUAUUCAUCCUAGAAAAGAAGAAGUUCCGGUUGGUAGUGAACGGUAUUAGGGCUCAGGAUGGACAGCUGACCAGUGAUGAGGCCACAUCCAUGGAACUGAUCUCUCCUCUUUACCUGGGAAGUGCUCCUGAUUCCUUGAACACAGAACUUAAGUGGAAGCUCCUCCCAAAGCAAAGUGUGAUUGGCUGUGUGCGUAACUUCAAGAUGAAUGGCACUCCCAUGCCAGAGCCAACUACCAAUCAUGGUGCUGGCCCCUGCUUUGACGGACAGACACAGAGUGGUGCCUACUUCUCAGGGAGAGGGGCAUAUGUCAUUAUUAAUGAUUCCUUUGUGGUGGGCUCCAGCUUUGAGGUGGUGUUUGACAUGCGUCCCAGGAGUCUGACUGGUGUUCUGCUCCAUGUGGGGAACUCCAGCAGGCCUCGCCUUGGGCCCAACACUGGACACCACCUCAGCCUCUACAUGCACAGAGGAGAGGUGGUGGCACGUGUGAACAACGGAGCUGGUGAAUUCAGCGUUUCCGUUCGGCCCAAGCAGCCCUUGUGUGAUGGAAUGUUCCACAGAGUUGCAGUGAUCAAGAGGAACAACGUUGUGGAGAUGCAUGUGGACACUGAGGGCCACCACAAAAUAGGACCUCCUUCCUCCUCCCCCACUCUGACCAAAGACCAACUUUAUGUGGGCGGCAUUCCAGAAACGUCCAUGCACCCAUCCCUCCCAGUCACAGGGUCCUUUGAGGGCUGCAUCCAGAACAUGAAGAUCAAUGAGGAUCCGAUCUCCUUCGAGAGGCUCUCUGGGGUAUUCGGGCCACUCAACCUCAGAGAGUGUCCAGCUGGCUGAGUAGAAUCUACUCCAUGACCACAUCCUGGGACCACAUCCACUGUCCACUAGCCGCUGCGUGCAAUCUGUUCCAAAAACAGAGAAUGUGUAUGUAUGUGUGUGAGCGAUAGUGUUGUGUGUGAAAGAGAGAAGUGUGUGUGCGUGUGUGCAUGUG